UGUGUGUCCUCCACGAGUUAUCUGUCAGAGCCUUCAAGAGGUGGAGGCGGGGUGGGGGGGGGAGUCCAUCUAGGGAAGUCGUGUGUGUGAAAAAGCUGAGGCUCUUUUCAAAGUGUUCCCACGUGCAGCGUUCCAAUAAAAAGCGAUGAUUCUGGCAGCGUUACAAGAAUUUGGGAAGCAGCUCUUGAGAGUGAAGGUCGUGGACUGCAGCUCGGACGAAUCCCGCCUGUCUCGAUGCCUCAACACGUUCGACCUGGUGGCCCUGGGGGUGGGCAGCACGCUGGGAGCCGGCGUCUACGUUCUCGCCGGCGCCGUCGCUCGCAGCGCCUCCGGCCCGGCCAUCGUCCUCUCCUUCCUCAUCGCCGCCCUGGCGUCCGUUCUGGCCGGACUGUGCUACGCGGAGUUCGGAGCUCGCGUUCCCAGAACGGGCUCGGCUUACCUCUACAGCUACGUGACGGUCGGGGAACUCUGGGCCUUCAUCACGGGCUGGAACCUCAUCCUCGCUUACAUCAUAGGAACGUCGAGUGUGGCCAGGGCAUGGAGCGCAACUUUUGAUGAGCUGAUUGGAAAACACAUCGAGACUUUUUUCAGGCAAUACAUGACCAUGAACGCCCCGGGAGUCCUGGCAGAGUAUCCAGACAUCUUUGCUGUUGUCAUCAUCCUCAGUCUGACAGGGCUUCUUGUAUUCGGAGUCAAAGAAUCGGCCUUGGUAAACAAAGUGUUUACUUGCAUCAACAUCCUGGUGCUGGUGUUUGUGGUCAUCGCAGGCCUGGUUAAAGGAAACCUAAAAAACUGGAACUUGAACCCCGAGGAGAUCCUUAACGUUACUAAAAACUCGAGCCUAAAUCUGUCGUGUCACUUAGAAGACGAGAAAGGUCUUGGUAAAGGUGGCUUUAUGCCUUUUGGCUGGACUGGGGUCCUCUCUGGUGCUGCCACUUGUUUUUACGCCUUUGUGGGAUUUGACUGCAUCGCCACUACAGGAGAGGAGGUGAAAAACCCCCAGAAGGCCAUUCCUAUCGGCAUCGUGGCCUCUCUCCUCAUUUGUUUUGUGGCUUACUUUGGAGUAUCGGCGGCCCUCACUGUGAUGAUGCCGUACUACAUGCUGGAUAAGAACAGCCCUCUUCCAGUGGCCUUUAAGUAUGUGGGCUGGGAGGGAGCCACUUAUGCAGUGGCCAUUGGCUCUUUGUGCGCUUUGUCGACCAGUUUACUGGGCUCCAUGUUUCCGAUGCCGAGAGUGAUCUGGGCCAUGGCAGAAGAUGGCCUGCUUUUCAAAUGCUUGGCUAAAAUCAGCCCCCGAACCAAAACUCCUCUAACAGCUACAGUGACAUCAGGCGCCGUUGCAGCUGUGAUGGCUUUUCUGUUGGACCUGAAGGACCUGGUGGACCUCAUGUCCAUUGGCACUUUGCUGGCGUACACUCUGGUGGCUGCAUGCGUUCUGGUCCUCAGGUACCAGCCCGAGCAGCUGAGCAUGGUCUACGAGAUGGCCAACACUCAGGAUGAGCUCGAGAACACGGAGUCCUACGGUGAGGGGAGCUCUGACAUGUUGCCAGAGGCGGAGCAUCAGUUCACCAUCAAGAAUCUGGUUUUUCCUUCGAGCAGCGACCCGUCUCCUCUGUCCGGUCGGAUCGUCAACAUUUGCACCAGUGUUCUCGGCGUUCUGGUUUGUGUUUUCAGUGUUGUGGCGGUCCAAGGAGGGUCUGCAGCCUGGUCCGUGGCGGUCCUCAGUGUUAUCGCUGUGAUCUGCUCGUUUCUCACAUUCUUUGUGUGCCGGCAGCCACAGAGCAAAGCUAAGCUCGCCUUCAAGGUUCCUUUGCUGCCUUUUGUCCCGGUCAUCAGCAUGUUUGUUAAUGUCUACCUGAUGAUGCAGCUGGAUAAAGGAACAUGGCUGCGCUUUUCCAUCUGGAUGAUUAUAGGUUUCUUCAUCUACUUCGGUUAUGGGAUCCGGAACAGCGCAGAGGCAAUGGCCGGCUCUGAUCCCGACACGCCCGGCUGCUCCAUAAAGGGAGAACCCAUGACCACCGAGAAGGAGGCUUUUCUGCACGACACACACAACACAGCCCCAGACGAGGUGGACUCGUGAGGAAACGGGAGGUUCUGUAAUGUAUUUAAAGCUUCAAAUUUGUCACUGACAGAGUUGAAAGUGCAGAAUGUUUUUUAUGGAUUUAUUGUUUACAAAAAAAA